AAAAUUAAAUUAUUCAAGCUGUCAAAUUCACGAUACUCAAAGAAAAUAGAGAAGCAGUCACCUGGAGAAUUCGGUCAUUCAUCAUAAUUCUGUUUUGAAAAAUUUAUUUAUUAAUAGUUUUUUAUAUAUCCACCAUAAUUCGGGAUGAGUAUUUGCAGCCUUAGGGGCUUGAAUGUGCGUUUCUGUCGGCAGGCCUACAUUCUGGCCCAUGUGCGGGCAGGAGUUUCGCCUAUGCCGGGUCGCUCCAAAUUGAGGUUAAAUUUGUGUGAGUGCAGUAAUCUGCAUGCAAUCAAUAGUAAUAAUCGAGGAUAUGCAGUGAAUGCAACUGCAACCGCGAGCGCACGUGAAGAACUAAAAACACUAAAGCCAUGUCUACUUGCAGUCAUAACGCCGUCACGCGGUGCCCACAACAACUUAUAUCAAAUGGUAAAAAAGCGUACACUAGAAGCACGCACUAAAUUGCAGCAUAACAAAUUUCCCAAUAAUCAAGCAUGUGAAGAACCAUUAAAGAAGCACUCAUCUGCAUGCAAUGAUCAAAGCGAAAGUACAAUGUGCUCAUCUCCAUCUUUCGGUUCCUCCACCAAGCGACAAUCAUCGCAAUCCUCAUCAUCCACAUCCUCAUCCACUUUCUGCAAACCUCAAAAUGAAAAAACUGCAAAUGAUUCUUGUCCACCUAAACCAGAAAAACCGGAUAAAACGACAAAAAUCUGCCCAAAAAAUACAGAAUUACUUCAAGCGAACGACUGCAAUGUAAGUAAAAGAAAAAAAGGAACUUGUGAUAAAAAACCAUGUGACGGUGGCGGCGAUGGUUCUGAAGGUGGCGGCGAUGGCGCAGGUGGUCGCGGUGGCGCGCGUGGUUCAGACCUGGGUAAUGAUGAAGCAACCCGAAAAACCAAAAUGCUGCUAGCUAUGCUAGCCGCCCUAGGACUCGGUGGUUUGCUUCUAUGGUUAUUGACGAGACGAACUCGUAAGAGUAGCGAGAGUACAGAAUGUGGACCAGUUUCCAAGAGUUUCACAACAGUUCCUGCGAGUUCAGCUGACUUGCCAAAACAUGUACCAUAUUUGUUAAUCGGUGGUGGAACUGCAUCUUUCUCAGCAUUCCGUGCAAUAAAGUCCAAUGAUCCGCGCGCAAAGGUACUAAUGAUCACAAAUGAAAUGAGAAAGCCUUACAUGCGUCCGCCACUUUCGAAAGAACUUUGGUAUUCGGCAGAAAAAGGUGAAAUUACAAAAGACUAUCGUUUCAAACAGUGGACCGGCGCUGAGAGAAGUCUCUUCUUCGAGCCCGAAGAAUUUUUCGUUGACCCCACUAAGCUAAUGGAAACUGUAAAUGGAGGCAUUGCUGUGGCGCAAGGUUUCACUGUCAGAAAAAUUGAUCCCGUCAAACAUAUAGCAACACUAUCCGAUGGUUAUGAAAUCAGCUAUGACGAAUGUUUGAUAGCGACGGGCUGUAAACCGAAAAAUCUCGAUGUCUUCGAACACGCAUCACCCAGUGUAAGAGAGAAGGUUAUGAUGUAUCGUACUCCCGAUGAUUUUGACCGUUUGAAACGUUAUGCCGAUGAAAAGAAAUCCAUUACAAUUGUGGGGAAUGGCUUCACAGGCAGCGAGUUGGCCUGCUCAUUGGCGAAUUAUGCCAAAGAUAAAAAAGUGAAAAUAUAUCAAAUAUUUGGAGAAGCUGGAAAUAUGUCAAAAGUGUUACCCGAUUACUUAAGUAAAUGGACCACUGCAAAGGUGGAGUCAAUGGGGGUAUGCGUUAUGCCAGAUACUAUUGUCAAAGAAGCGCAACGCGAUGAAACAGUUCUCAAGUUGUCGCUCAGUAAUGGAAAGAGUAUUUUAACUGAUGUCGUUGUUGUGUGUGUGGGUUGUGAACCAAAUACAACUUUGGCGGCAACUUCCGGCUUAGAGGUCGAUAAGAGUUUUGGCGGUUUUGUAGUUAAUGCAGAAUUAGAAGCUAGGCGAAAUUUGUUUGUGGCUGGUGAUGUGUCCUGCUUUUACGAUCCGUUACUUGGGCGACGACGCGUCGAACAUCACGAUCAUUCUGUGGUAUCAGGCAGAUUAGCGGGUGAAAACAUGGUUGGAAAAAGUCUGAUAAGAUGAAUCAAAAGAAAAAAGUUAUUUUCUGGCUGAUGUAUGUAAUUUUGGCGCCAUGGCGUUCGC